AUGGCAUCAAUGGCUGCCACUGCCAGCUCUACCACUCUUGUUAAGGCAACUCCAUUCUUGGGCCAAACCAACAAUGCUAGCCCUCUUAGGGAUGUUGUCUCUGUGGGAAAUGGGAAAUACACCAUGGGUAACGAUUUAUGGUACGGGCCAGACCGUGUCAAAUAUUUAGGACCCUUCUCGGCUCAGACUCCGUCAUACUUGACGGGAGAAUUCCCGGGUGAUUAUGGAUGGGACACUGCUGGUUUACCGGCUGAUCCCGAGGCCUUUACUAGGAACAGAGCACUUGAGUUAUACAGAUUUUCAUAA